AACAGAUGUUAAGCUUUGUAAACAACAUGGAAGCAACGGUAUAAAAUAAAUUGUAAUGGGAUUUAAAAUUUUGUUUUUAGACCCCUUCAAAUGUGCCAAUGGAUUUUGACUGAGCAAUGCCUUUCAAGCUAAAGCUGAAAAAGAGCCGGCAAUACAAUGUUUCUUCCAAGAAUCUCUUUGUGCUUUCAGUUGAGCUUCUGGAUAAUACAACAGUGGAAUGUACUCUCUCAGCACAGAGUUUGGGCCAGGAAUGCCUUAAUAAUGUCUGUCAAAGGUUGGGGCUGAUGCAGCCUCAGUAUUUUGGACUUCGAUUCCUGUCCAAGAAAGGAACAUAUUGGUGGGUGGAGCUUCAACGUCCUCUCAAAAGGCAGCUGGAUAAAUAUGCCCAAGACAGCUAUAAUCUUUAUCUUGGGGUCAUGUUUUUUGUGUCUGAUGUCAAUAUUCUGCAUGACGAGGUUACCAGGUACCACUAUUUUCUUCAGCUGAAGUCAGAUAUUCUCAAGGGUAAACUAGGCUGCAAUGAAGAGCAGACAAUUCUUUUUGCAAGCUACAGCCUGCAAGCUGAAUUUGGUGAUCAUGAUCCAGAAAGGCACACCACAGAAUAUUUGACAAAUUUUGGUUUAUUACCUGAGGCAAUGGUUCAAGGUAAAGAAAACCAAGAGGCCAUUCUGGAACGUGUGAUUCAUAGCCAUCGCAGUUUGCAGGGCAUGUCCCAAUCGUUAGCAGAAGUAUACUAUAUCAUGGAAGCACAAAAACUUAACGGAUAUGGACUCGAAUGUUUUGCUGCAAAGGACAGUUCUGGCAGUGCAAUCAUUCUUGGUGUGUCAUUAAUGGGAAUCUAUAUAUGGUAUUUAAACAAUCAGCCAGUCGUUUAUUUUCCUUGGGAUCAAAUUCUUAACUUGGUGCACCAUAAGCGAUAUUUUGGAAUAGAACACAGGAACAGCAGAAAAGUUUUACAGUCACAAUUAGAAGAUGCCCAUCUUGCAAAAUAUGUUUGGAAAACAUGCAUUCAGCAGCACAGUUUCUAUACAAAGAAUGAAGGUCUCAUAAGUUCAUCUCCAGAACAAUUACCUGAGACCAGACCUCCAAAUUUAACUCCAAAUGUGCCCCCUCGCAAACCAUCUGUAGCUAAAAUGGAAACAAGAUCCCAGCAUACUAUGCAAGAAAGCCAGGAUUCAUUAGAUGGCCUGGGUGUGUAUUACACUGAUGGUCGUUACAGUGAGAGAAUUACAACUCCAAGAAGUGGCAGCCAGUUGCUAGAGGGAAGUCAGAAGGAUCUCCCCUCUACAAGUCUUUCCUCCCCUCACACAAGCAACUUAUGUAUUUCCACUUCUUCACAAAAUGUGCUCAACCAGCCAAUUUUCGCACAGGAUUGUACUUCCGUCCCAUCGCUGCGUCGCACAUCCUCUUCUGACACUUCCCUCCAUAGGAGCCAAGUUAGUGUGCAAGAGGGAGGAGGUCAGGACACCAAGCCAAUUGGUGCUGUGUUGCCCAUGUACAGACAAGCUCCGGAUUACGACACAGCUGUCAGGCUCAAAUAUGGUAUUCAAAGUUGCAGUACAGGAGACAUGUCAACUAGUCAUUUACUUCAGUCUCUUGUUGGCAAUGGAAGUCAGGCAGAAAUGCCUACUGACCAACACCAGUCAUAUAGCCAGUACAAGAACUAUGCUGACCUCUCCCAUCUUGAAAGCACUAAUCAAAAUGUAGCCAAUCCUAAUAUCUUACUUAGAUGUCCUGAAUUUGUUCAUACAUAUAGUACCCCAGAUUUACACUCCCCAACUGGAGGUGUAGUGGAGCAACAGGUGCUGUAUCAUUUUAAGCCUCCCCCUCCUUACCCUUAUAAACAACGUUCCAGUUCCAGUACUCCAGAUUUAACACGCAAUUCCUGUGCUGCCAAUCCUCAAGCCUCAACUGCUGCUAGUCCUAGGAGACAAUCCGAUAUAAAUCCCACAAUCUCAUAUGAGCCAGUUCCCAUCAGUGGUGCCAAGAUUGUAACUUCCAAUCCUAUUCAACAUCAGACUAUUGCCUCUUCUCAAAGAGUUCAUUCCCAUACCAGCCUUCCAACUCACUCUUAUGAAAAUUACAAUCCUUUAUUGGCAGCUUCGCAUCCAAUUGGUGGUAACCAACCCCUGCCCCCAGUGAUGUACUCAUCUCCCCCUGUAGAGUCUCUACAACCCACUGUUGAGCCAAAUGUAGCCCUAUCUCAUGGAAUGUAUCAUUCUCCACCAACAGAAUCACUCUCAUCUAAAGCAGAGGCUUUAAUUAGCAAGAAGUCAGAAGAUAGUCAUCUGAUGGGGCCUAUGUUGAUAGCUGCCAUGAAUGGAUUGAGUUUGUCCAGACCGAGUGUAUUUGCAACACAAGCAGAAGAGACGCAGAUUCCUAAUGAUACUAGAAUCCAUGCUCUGGAGAGUCGGUUGGCAGAGGGCCAAGUGUUUCUUGAGUUUGAAAGAAUACCCAAGAGGAAGCCAAAUGCAGAUUUCUCUACUGCCCUUCUACCUGAAAAUGCAUCUCGCAACCGCUUUAAAGAUGUCUUUCCCUAUGAGGAAAACAGAGUUCGACUGACACCUACUUCAGAAAACAGAACUGGAUAUAUAAAUGCAUCUCAUCUCAGUAUAUCCUUGGGAACCAGCCAGAGGUUUUACAUUGCAGCUCAAGGACCUCUUCCAAACACGUUAUAUAGUUUUUGGCAGAUGAUAUGGGAACAUAAUGUAUUGGUUAUUGUCAUGCUGACGGAAGUACAGGAACAGGGGCGAGACAAAUGUUUUCCAUAUUGGCCCCAGGAAAAUGGAAGCAAAUUGCAAAUUGGAGAAUUCCAGCUUGUACGUAACUUCAGCAUGAGCUCAGCCACAUAUGUUACAUGUUCACUGACUUUAUGCCAUGUCCCCUCCCAGCAACAACGUUCUCUGUGGCAUAUUCAGUAUACUGAUUGGCCUGAUCACAGCUGCCCACAAGAUACUCAGGGGUUUAUUGCUUUCAUGAAUGAAGUGGAUGCCGUCCGUCGACACAGCCUGAGUGUCCAGGAAGUGUCUCCAGUGGUUGUGCAUUGCAGUGCAGGGGUAGGACGUUCAGGAGCUGUCAUUCUUACUGACAUCAUGCUGUUUUGCUUAGACCAUAAUCUGCCUGUAGAUUUGCCCAAAGCUUUGACCCAUCUCCGCUUCCAACGUAUGCUGACUGUGCAGACUUUGGCUCAGUACAAAUUUGUGUACAGUGUGCUCAUUGAAUACCUCAAGAACUCCCGGCUCAUAUGAGAAGACUUCUCAUCAAUGGGCUUUCAUCCAUGUUCUAUUUGUAAAAAAAGAAAAAAAAAAAAGUGUUUCAUUUUCUUGAAAACUGUAUCUUAAUGUUUUUUGUGUUUGUGAUGCUGAAAAAUUUCAUCUCAAUUAUGACCCUGUGAAUUAGUUAUUUUAGAAUGUUGAACAUGUUUUUAUUGUUCUUAAUGUCUUAGGCUUUGAUUUUUUUUUUUUUUUUUUUUUUUAGAUGUUGAUGUGUUUAUGAUGGUGAUUUUUUAAAUUUAUUAUCCAUUCAUGACAAUUUUUAAAUAUUCUGUAGUUUUCUGCAAGUUUAGCAGUUAAAUGAAAUUUUUUCCAUUCUUUUUAAAAAGUACGUGUUGCUUAAAUCAUUUACUUCGGUAAAAUUCAUACAUGGACAUGAGUUUUCAUUUGAAUAAUUGUAUUCUUGUUCUGAAACAAUUUCUCUUGGAAAUUACCAAAAUCAUUUGCACUUAUUUAAAAAGAGAAUAACCCUGUAGUAGUUGUAGAUUUAAAAAAUAAUCAAACAACAAAAAGACCCCCCCCCCUUUGUGCUACUUAGACAUUUUCUCAAAUGAUUUUCAUAAUUUAAAACCAUCCCCAAACACUUUUUAUUGUUAGUGCCAAUGAUAGAUAGUAAAUCUACUAUGCUUAAGUAAUUUUGUCCAUAAAGUAAUUAAUUAUUGAAAUGCUGGUUUUAAAAUAUUUUCUCUCCAAGUUUUAAUACAUAAUUGAAAGUUAUAUUGAAAAUAAAGUGCCAUGAUACUUGGAUAUUUUAAUAAUGAAUUAUUGAGAUAUAUGAUGCAAUAACUGUAAACUAUUUAACUAUACAAAUAUUUUAAAAUUACAAUAAAAAAUUAAUCAGAAAUGUUUGAAAUUCUUUUGAUUUUAUGAAUAGCCGAACAUAUUAAGUGCUAUUGUGUUAAUAAACUGUUAUUAGUUAAAAUAUUGCUUCAAAGAUAAAAUGCAUGGCUUAUGCAGUCAGUAAUUUGUAUUAAAAAGAAUAUACAUUAAUCUAUUUUUAAAAUACAUUUCAGCAUAUUUAAAUUAAAUUUAUAAUUUUAAAUUUCUAUUCUCUAACUCCUUAAGCUAUCUGAAGAAUACUUAACAAUUUAUAAUCUGUAUCAUGUCAUAUAUGUUUUACAUUUUAACUGUAUUAUUUUUUAUUCAAUUGUUGUUGUUGUAGUAGUAGUAGUAGUAGUAGUAGUAACAAAAUAAUAAUACAAAAAAUCUGAUGUAAAAUUACAUUUUAUAAAAUAUUUUAGCAUAAUUUUUUCAUCACUGCAAGUAUAAAUUUGAAAUACAUUUAAUUAUCCAGUAAAAUUUAUAUAAAACUUGAAUUUUUUUUUUGAGAUAUCUGUUAAAAUUUCUAUGUGAUCAUGCUUACCAAAGAAUCAUAGCACUUUUUUUUUUACAAUUAAAAAAAUUACUGUGAUAAUACUUUUCAGCUAUUUUGUUAUUUAUUAGAAACUUUGUAUCAAUUAAAUGACCUGUUUAUGAAAUUGAAAUGACAAUUAAUGUAUACUAAUUAACUGCUGAUUAUUUUUUGUGAAAUUGUAUUUACUGUUAAUAUUUUCAAGCAAAAAGCAUGAAUGGAUUUACUGAAAGCAUUUAAAACAUUGAAACAUUGUGUCUGUGAUAUCUUUAAAAAAUAUACCUUGAAAACUGGUGUUGCUAAACAUUUUACUUGUAUAUUUUGCAUAUAAAACACUAUUUAUUGAAGUUGGAAUCAUCAAAAAGUAUUUAUUGGUCUUGUAAAAUAACUGUGACUGUUGAACCACUUUGUAUUAUACAAAUAAACUAUUCCUCUGAAAAAAAA